CGUGGUUUUACCUCGUCUCGGUGGCCAUGGAAGCCCGCGGAGCCCCCAUCAUCCCUCUGAUGCUCACCGCCAUCGCCGCCGCCCGCGAGGACGAUGCCACCACCGUGACGAGCUGCCUUAACACGUUCGCCGAGCGGUUGGAUGACCUUUCCACCCUGUUGCACCGUAUGCACGAGAGCUGUGACCCGCACAUCUUCUACCACCGGAUCCGCCCCUUUCUCGCUGGGAGCAAGAACAUGACUGACGCCGGCCUACCCCACGGUGUCAUCUACGAAGAUGGUUCCGGUAAAGAGACGUACAGCCAGUACGCUGGUGGCAGCAACGCGCAGAGCAGCCUCUUCCAGUUCUUUGACAUUGUUCUGGGCAUUGAGCACCGCCCGACGGGCGAGAAGAAGCCGCAGGGCGCCGGGAGCGAGGAGACGGAACGCCAAGGCCGCGCGCCGCCCCCCAACCACAACUUCAUCACCGAGAUGCGCCGGUACAUGCCGGGCCCGCAUGCGCGCUUCCUCAGCGACGUGCAGGCAGUAGCCAACCUACGUGACUACGUCGAGCGGAACAGCGCCAACCGCCCGCUGGCCGUCGCUUAUGACGCCUGCCUGUCCAUGCUGCGGGCCCUGCGCGACCGCCACAUCGCCAUCGUCACCCGCUACAUCGUCAUCCCCUCGCGCGAGGUCCGCGCCCGCAGCCGCAGCCCGGAGGCCACGCGUCGCAGGGUGAACCUCGCCACCGGCUCCCGCCAGCGCCCCCAGGCGCCGGGUAUUGCGUACCACGCCGAGGAGCCGGACGCUGCGAGCGGCGGCAAGAAGAACCUCAAGGGCACCGGCGGCACCGCGCUGAUAUCGUUCUUGAAGCAGGCGAGAGACGAGACGGGUGAGCCUGCCGUCGAAGAGUGGACCAAGCGGUUCAUGAGCCGCCAGCCGCGGACCGAAGGCCAGGGAGACUUCUUCGCCGGUAAGCCCGAGGAGGGGGCCGGCCUCGAGGUUGCGGCGAACACGGAGGAGGUGACGGUGCCCGGGCUGGCGGGCAGCUGGACUAUGGAUGAUGACGUCGGUGGCAUUUGUAAUUACUAGGGGUAGAGGAACUUGAGAGCGGGAGUUUAGAGCGUUAGCAGAGUAAAGCGAUAUCGCUAAUAGCAUUUUUGACCAACA